AUGGACCCAGUUUCAAUUGCCGGGCUUAUCUUAACCUGUUGCCAACAUUCUCGUGGACGCACUGGGUUGUGGGGAUUUGGAUCCAAAGCCCAGAAGAUGACUUGUGCCUGGAAGAUGGGUGCAUUGGAUCAAAUCAUCAGCGACCUCGACACAUGGGAUCGCCGCUUCGAUCCUUUGUGGUUCAUGGUCAUGAAGAUAGCCAACCCUCUCGUUGAUGCUGCUCUCGCCAGAUCACAAUCUGCAAAUGAUGACAGAAGCAAUGCCCGUGCCUUAUCAGUGGCCAAAAAUCCAUUGACCGUCGCUGCAGGCAUGCGUCGCGUGUUAUACCCAAGUGCCAACCGACUUAAGCCCAGGUUUCUUGCAGAAGUGCAGAUGGAAAUGUCCGAGAUCCCGAUGUCUGAAGCAAAGAAAGGCUUCAUGGAGUUGGAGAGGAGAUGGUAUAUCAUUGACACCGUCCAGGUUGGAUCUGUUGCUGAAGCACGCGAUGUGCUGGACGACGUGAGCAUGCUCGCGGUGAAGCUCGCACAGGCAGAUCCUUUCGCUUUCGGGUUGCUCAACUGUAAAGGGGUUAUACCCGUUCGGAGCCAGCUUAUCGGAUCAUCUGCUUCGUCUCCGAGUUCUUCCCCCCCAAGAAGCAGGCUCGACUAUACCUCCUUCCAACUGGUAUUUUGUCUACCAGAAAACCUUUCGGUACUUCAAUCCUUGCGCCAGCUUCUUCUUAACUCGGAUGAGCAUGUCUCUCUCUCCCGAAAAAUGCGCAUCGCACGCGAGCUUGCCAAGGUCAUCCAUUACGUCCACACCUUCGCCUUCGUACACAAGAAUGUCCGGCCCGAAUCGAUCCUGUGCUUCGAGAACAAUGCGGCUUCACGUAGCAACGCAUUUCUUGUUGGUUUUGAUGCCUUUCGGGCCGCUGGCGGUAGCACAAUGAUGUCGGGGGACAUAAGCUGGGAACGUAAUGUGUAUCGGCAUCCGUCUCGACAGGGUUUCGACCCGGCUGAGAAGUACCGUAUGCAACACGACAUAUACAGCCUCGGAGUCUGUCUUCUGGAGAUUGGGCUCUGGGAAUCUUUUGUUGAGUACAGCACAGGAGAGGAGAAUUCCGGAAGGCCACGCACCAAGUUUGGAAGGACUUACUAUCAUUUUGAGAAAUGGCUUGACGAGAGAGAAUCCGCGGCGGGCGAAGAUUCCACUGCCAUCACCUUCAAUGCGCUGGCAUUGAGUCUCAAGGACUAUCUUGUUGAGCAGGCAAGCACCAGGCUUGCGCCGCGGAUGGGUGAUAGGUAUGCGCAUGUCGUCCUUCAGUGCUUAACAUGCCUGGAUGAGGAGAAUGAGGAGUUUGGCGGAUCAGGCUUGGAGACAGAGGACGUGGGCGAAGACACGCUUGCCCUUUGCUUUGCCGAGAAGAUUUUGAGUGAUUUGGACCAGCUUUCCAUGGUCUGA